CGUCCUCAAGAAUGUCCCGGAAAUAGAAUUCGACGCCGAAAAUCCUUGCACCGCCAACGUCGAGGCUGCCAUCAACACCAUCCGCCAAACCUUUGCGCCUUUCGACGUACGUCCGGAGCCCGGGAACCAACAGUCGUGCGAGCGAGCCAAGGAGGAACUGGAAGAUAUCAUGCGGAAUGCCACCAUGAUGGCCUUGAUCGUCUUCUCGUGCCCCAUCCCGCUCGAAUACUUCUGGCCCAAGGAGGCCGCGGAGCCGCUGCCCCCCUAUCGCCGGCCCAAUACGGCCGAGGCGAAGGAGCACGGCCGGCUACGGGGGCGCCCUGAGCGGUCCUGCUACCACGUGCGCUGCUUCGGCAUCAAGGGCUUCAACCUAGUCCCCGGGACCCAGAGGCCACACAGGGAACAGCCGCUCCUGCCAAGCGUCGUGGUCGAGCCCAUGGACGACCAUUACUUGAGCGAUCGUCGGGACCAGAUGAAGAUGAGCGCAAGGCAAGAAGAGAUAGGCGAGGCCGGCCGCAAAAGGGCCAUUGCAGACCAAGAGCGCUGGGAAGCCGAAAGUGCAGCGAGGCAGGCAGAGGCUCGGCGGAGGCAGGAGCUGGAUUGGGUCUGAGAUAGCUGCUGGCUCCACCCUCACUAUCUUUUCUCUCUGUUGCCGUUUUACCCUCUGUUACAGUCGUUUGCUCCGUUAUAGUCUUUCCCUCUAUUGCCGUCUUUGGUUCUAUUGCCGUCGUUUACUCCGUUACAGUUGUUUCCUCC